GGCAAGCAGACAAGCAGUACAAAAUGAAAGUGAAACUUUCUGAGCACAAUACUGCAUAGCCACAGACAGACAAGUCUUUGGAUCUUUUUGUGUGUAUGACCUGAGGUUUAUCACAUUCUUUCCUUGGAGGAAAAAACCUAUAAUGGCAGCAGGCCGUAAAAGAGACCCAGUUUGGCAAUAUUUUAAUGAAGUUCCUUUACCUAUCGGUAAGGCAGGCAUGCGUGCAAAAUGCAAACACUGCAACAAAGAAAUGCAAGGCCUGGUGGCCCGAAUGAGGCAACAUCAUGAGAAGUGCUGUGAUGAAGAUGACCAAAGAAACACAUUUGAACAGGCAGGAUCUUCAGGGGAAUUCAUGGAUUCUGGAAACUAUCCACCUUCAAGAUCACCAUCCUCCUGUUCUACAGUUUCAGAGUUAUCCAUCCAGGAUAGUGCUUCAUUAGCAUCAUCAUCAGACACCCACAGCCACAUAUCACUAUCACCUAAAAGAAAGAAAAAACCCUUCCCUCCUGGAACCACCAUAGAUAAGUUUGUGAUAAAAACUAGCAGAUUAGAAAAAGAGUUAAUUGAUGAAAAAAUUGCCCAGUUUGUUUAUGCAACGAACUCUUCUUUCCGUCUGACUGAGAACCCACAUUUCAUUAAUAUGGUUCAGUCACUGAGACCAGGAUACAGUCCACCCAGCAGAGCAGAUGUUGCAGGGAAACUGCUGGAUAAAGUGUAUGACAGAGAAAUGGAGCAAUGUGCAACAGCUCUGGAGGGUAGAAUUGUUAACCUAAGUAUUGAUGGGUGGAGUAAUGUCCACAAUGAUCCUAUUGUAUGUGCUUGUAUAACAACAGAAGAAGGGAAAGUCUUCCUUGCACAAACAAUUGAUACGUCAGGAAAUGCACACACAGCAGAAUACUUACAAGAAGUGGCAGUAAAAGCUAUAAUAACAUGUGAACAAAAAUUCAAAUGUCUAGUACGCAGUUUGGUCACAGACAAUGCUGCAAAUGUAUCCAAGAUGAGAAGAAAUUUAGAAGAGCAGGAAGGGAAUACAAAGCUAAUAACAUAUGGUUGCAGUGCUCAUUUGCUGCACCUCUUAGCCAAAGACUUAAGUGUUCCAGAAAUAAAGACUAAUGUUGUUGAAAUUGCUAAAUACUUCCGUAACAAUCACUUUGCUGCAGCAGCUCUGAAAAGGAUGGGUGGAACCAAGCUAACGCUCCCACAAGAUGUUAGAUGGAACUCUGUGGUGGACUGUUUUGAGCAGUAUAUCAAGAACUGGCCUAUUCUGAUGACAGUUUGUGAACAAAAUCGAGAUAAAAUAGAUGGCACUAUCACGGCCAGAAUCCUCAACAUUGGGCUUAAGAGAAAUGUUGAACAUAUGCUGAGCAUCCUGAAACCCAUCUCUGAAUCUUUAAACAAAAUACAGAAAAAUAGCUGUUUUAUUGCUGAUGCUGUUGAAAUUUGGAAGGAACUGAGUGAACACUUAAAAACAGAACUACACAUGGACAGAAUUAAAUUACAAGCAUUAAAAAAACGAAUGGGACAAGUACUGUCUCCAGCUCAUUUUUUGGCAAAUAUUGUCAAUAUCCAGUACCAGGGUCAAAACUUAAGUGCUGAGGAAGAGGAGUUAGCUAUGACAUGGGUAUCCAGCAAUCAUCCAUCUGUAAUGCCAACUAUAAUAAACUUCAAAGCUAAGGGGGAACCAUUCAAGAAAUAUAUGUUUGCUGAAGAUAUUUCAAAGAAAGUCACACCAGUGAACUGGUGGAAGUCACUUAAGCACUUGGAUUUAGAGACUGUUCAAGUAAUGAUUUCACUUUUAACAGCAGUAGCUUCUUCUGCAGGCGUUGAAAGAAUAUUCUCUUCCUUUGGACUCAUUCAUUCUAAAUUGAGAAAUCGUUUGGGACCCGAUAAAGCAGGAAAGCUUGUUUUUCUUUUCCAGAUUAUGAACAAAGAAGAAGAUGAAGAUGACGAGUGAGCUACAGAGGACAGUAUUUAAGUUUUUCAUGUGUAGGCUGGGCUGACAGUCUAAGUUUCUUAAAAUAUAUAUAUUUUGUUUAGCCAAAUUAGUUAACAAACAUGGAUGUUUGUUUAAGCAAAUA